AUGACCCCAACGCUGCUACGCUGCGCCUUGGAAUUCUUGGCCUUCCUAGCUUAUCAGUUUUCGUAUCUGGACCCUGACCGGCGAUCCCGUUUCGAGCUUCAGGAUUCAGAUUACACCCCUGCAUCGUCGCUCUACAUCACCUUUGUUAACUACCAUCUCAACACAUUCCACCCGCAGUCUUUGAUGCUUCCUCAGCACCUGGUCUCGAAGCAACAGGAGGAGGGCGGGCCCCGAUUCGCCUCUUCUCCUGGCUCGUCUCAACAGGUCUCGGGAAUGAGUACGCCCAAUCCAAAUCAGCGCGACAACAUGGCCUCAUCGGUUGCGGAGACGCUAGGGCAGACCGGGCCUGCGGCAUCGCUCGAGGACCAGACAUUGAUUCUGUUUGCGCGUCUUAUGGAGGGCGGUCGUGAAGACGAUGAAACGUGUCUCGACCUCGACUCCUUGACGAAGCUGCUCAACGAGGAUGCCGAGGCGCAGCAAAGGAACAAGGAGCAUCCCAGUAUCUGCCAACUCAUCGACUCGGACUGCAUGGAUACACUAGUGUGUUACCUUGAUAUGCGGCAAGACGACGUCGUCCGUGGACAUGCCAUAUUGACCACCUCAGCCUACCUGAAAGCUGCUGGCGACGAGGGGGCCAACGCCUUGAAGAACUUCUUUUUUGACCGGAUUGACAGAGGAACCUACGAUGAUUACAUUGUCGCGUUUUGCGUGGCUUCACAGAUCUUUCCGAUUGUGCCGGAUCUUACUUCGCAGUUGUUUCUCAGUGAGGGCUUUUUGCCGUCCCUUGGGCCUCUCAUGAAGCGCAAGUGGAAGAGUCGCAAGGUCGAGACCGCGUGCCUGGAGAUGCUCAACGCAGCUUGUAUGAAUCAGCACUGUCGUGAGGCGAUCCAAAAGUAUUGCGUCGAGUUCUUGGAGGAAGUUGUUGAUCAGGAGCCAACAGAGGUGGUUCGCAGUAUGAACAACGAUCCUUAUUUGCAAAGCGAAGGAGGCUCGAUCUCGAUGCGAAGACACUCGGAACAGGUUCAGAAUCUGGCAGCUGUCAUUCUUGCCAAGCUAAGAGCAGUCCCCACGAAGCCAGCGGCGGCUGAUGGGCAAUCUUCCCGAGUCGAGGAGGCGGUAUCGACAAUGGAAAAUUUAUCUGGACUGUUCACACGAAUGAUCUUGCAAGACGACAAUCACGCGCAACAACAUUCUAUCGAGGGCCUAGCAUAUGCCUCGCUCCAAGCACCAAUCAAGGAGAGCAUUGCCAAGAACGAGGAUCUCCUGAAGCGGCUUGUGACGACCCUCUCUGAAGCAAAGCCGAAAUCCUCGACCACAUAUGGUGUCCUCAGCAUUUUUUGCAAUUUAACGCGAUAUCAGCCUGCUUUGACGGAGGAACAGAAGAAGAUGGCGCAACUCAAGGCAUACGCCAACGCCGCGGGCAAGCUGGCGGGGCAGGAUCCCUUGGAGGAUGAUGAGCAUGUGGCGCUGCGAUGCAAAUCUGUCUUUGACGCUGGUGUGACGCCAGUUCUAGUAACGCAUAGCAAGAAUGGCUCGCCGGCAUCACUGGCGUUGAUCAUUGGCAUCGUUCAUGCACUAGCUGUGACAAAAGCUCUGCGUGCUCCUCUCGCCCAGCAAGGUGCUAUCAAGCUUCUGCUCCAGUCUUGGAUCAUACUGCCUGAGACAGAGGAUGCAGCGCGCCGGACAGCCGCGCAAGCUCUGGCCCGGAUUCUGAUCAGCACAAACCCAGCCUUAGUUUUCGGAGGGAACAGGGCAAAUGCCAUCAACACUGCGAUACGACCUUUGGUGAGUAUCUUGCCGCCAGAUCCGGCUGCCGAGGUGCGGGAUCUGUUGCCCUCUUUCGAGGCCCUGAUGGCUUUGACGAACCUCGCCUCACUUGAGGAUGGCGAGGUGCGGCGGUCCAUUAUCUCGAUUGCCUGGCCGCAGAUCGAGGAGCAGCUGUUGUCAUCCAAUGCACUGGUGACAAAGGCUGCGGUGGAGCUGGUGUGUAAUCUCAUGCAGUCGUCCGAGGGCAUCGCGUUGUACGCGGAUGGCUCGCCACAAGCAAAGAACCGCCUUCACAUCCUGCUAGCACUGGCAGAUGCGGAAGAUGAGGGCACACGGAGUGCCGCGGGUGGCGCGUUGGCCAGCCUGACGGGCUUCGAAUCUGUCGUGCUCGGUAUUCUGGGACGCGAAGGUGGCGUCAAGGUAGUGCUGGGUAUGUGCGUGGACGAUAACGAGGAUCUGCGCCACCGCGGCGUAUACACUGUCUAUAACAUGGUGACGGCAGAGGGAGCUGCUGGCGAGCAAGCGCGGGAGAAGAUCAAAGACGCAGAUGGUGUCGACACAAUGAAGGAAUGCCUAAAGAAGAGCCGGCGGCCCGAAGUGCUGCAAGUCACAGUACAGGGUCUCAAGGCAUUGUUGGGUCAGAUUUAG